UCAACCACCCCAACUACCUGCCUCACCAUCUGUGAAAGCGCAAGAAGCUUGGGCCCCUGACAGCAUGUGUCUUCUCUUACUUCAGCUGCUGGUGCUCCUGCCUCUAGGGAGGGCUGCACAGCGAAAUGGCCGCCCAAGUCCUAGUUCUGUCUCCCCUGUGCUCCCAGAAAGGGAUCGCAGAGAGCUCCCCCUUGACAACCACGAGGAUGCCGAGGAGAAGCCAGACCUUUUUGUUGCAGUGCCCCACCUCAUAGGGGUAGGAGAAGGCCAGAGGCAGAGAGGGAAGAUGCUAUCCAAGUUUGGCAGGUUCUGGAAGAAGCCCGAGAGAGACCUGCAUCCACCCCAGGACUUGGUCCCUGAGCGGGUCCCACCUGGGACCCACACCGUCACCCAGCCCAGAGAUGGGACACGGAUGGAGAAAUCUCCUCUUCGGGAAGAGGCCAAGAAAUUCUGGCACCACUUCAUGUUCAGAAUGAGCCCAGCCUCUCAGGGGAUCAUCCUGCCCAUCAAAAGCCAUGAAGUACAUCAGGAGACCUGUAGGACAGUGCCCUUCGGCCAGACAAUCACCCAUGAAGACUGUGAGAAAAUUGUUGUACAGAACAACCUUUGCUUUGGAAAAUGUGGGUCCAUUCAUUUACCUGGAGCUUCACAACACCCCCACACGUUCUGCUCCCACUGCUCGCCUGCCAAGUUCACCACGAUGCACUUGCAGCUGAACUGCACCAGCCUUGCCCCUGUGGUCAAGGUGGUGAUGCUGGUGGAGGAGUGCCAGUGCAAGAUGAAGACUGAACCUGAGCAUGGACACCUCCUCCAGGCAGGCUCCCGGGCAGAAUUUCAUGCCCAGGAUCCCUUCAUCCCAGGAUUUUCUACUUAAAAAAAUCCCACUAUUAUCUUUGAAAAGCAAAACUGUAGUAGCAAAGGUGCUGGAUUAUUCAGCUUGGAAGUGUUAGCGAGUGCACACUAUUUUAAGGGAAAGGUAAGGUUCAAAAGUAGUGAGAUAGAACAAUUUAGAGGCAAUGGUGUUCAUCUAGUUGUGGGUCUAUGUUUGGGUUCUACUUUUGGCUCUGCCCCCCCUGGCAGGAGGACGUUAAGGAGUUGUGGAAGCUUUCUCCAUCUUAAGGGCUUCAUCUCUACG